CCGUGGCGGGUGCCGCUGUGUGUGCUGGUGCGGACCGUGGAGUGGCCAGCGACGGCUAGAGUGUGUCAGUCGGUUGGCGAUUCGCGGCGCUGCUUUUGUGCGUAUAUGACUUUGCGGUGGCGGCGGCCCGCGAUAGAUAGAGCGAUAGCGCGAGUGAAUUCGCCGUAGUAGGACAAGGGUAGGAAGUGGUGCGCGGUAUUGCUAGUGGUGGUGGUGACGACGGCGACGGCGGCAGCGGCGGCGGUGGUGCCUCAUCUUCGUCGGCGGUCAGGCCUGCUUUCUGAACGUGCUGCUGUGGUGGUCCAUGUGCUUUGACUGCUGACUAAAAUGCUCAUCAAGGAAUUCCGUGUCACUCUGCCGCUCACAGUGGAAGAGUAUCAAGUCGCUCAACUGUACUCUGUAGCAGAAGCUAGUAAAAAUAACACAGGUGGUGGAGAAGGUAUUGAAGUUUUGAAAAAUGAGCCAUUCACUGAUUACCCUCUACUUGGUGGAAAGUAUUCGUCAGGUCAAUACACAUAUAAGAUUUAUCACUUAGCUAGUAAAGUGCCAGCUUUUAUACGCAUUUUACUGCCAAAGAAUUCGUUGGAGAUACAUGAAGAGGCUUGGAACGCUUAUCCUUAUUGUAAAACAGUUAUUACUAAUCCAGGUUAUAUGAAGGAUAACUUUGUGAUCAUGAUAGAGUCAUUUCAUAUUGGUGAUGUCGGCAAUCAGCAUAAUGUUCACGAAUUGCCGCCUGAUAAGCUCAAGAUCAGAGAGAUCGUUCAUAUAGAUAUCGCGAACGAUCCGAUCGCCAGUGCCGAUUACAAGGAAGACGAGGAUCCGACUAAAUUUAAGUCUCAAAAGACUGGCCGAGGUCCUCUCGUAGGGAAAGAGUGGAAGAAUAACGUUCAGCCUGUCAUGACGUGCUAUAAGCUAGUCACUUGUGAAUUUAGAUGGUUCGGUCUGCAGACCCGCGUCGAAGGUUUCAUUCAGAAGGCGGAAAGGCGUCUGUUCACUAAUUUCCAUAGACAAGUUUUCUGCUGGAUAGAUCGUUGGUAUGGUUUAACCAUGGAGGACAUUAGAGCGAUCGAAGACAAUACGAAAGAAGAACUAGACAGGCAAAGACAUCAAGGAGAAGUGCGGGGUAUGCGCGCUGAUGAUUGAGGCUUUGGUAGCUUCUAUUACGAACGGUUAAAUCAAUUUCCUUAUACAUGUCAACACAAAUACAUACGCAUACCUACAGAUAUACACCCUGUUAUGCUCUGUCAUAGACGAUUCCACAGGAUUCGAACGAUUUCCGGAGUUUACGUGUCUAGAUUCAGUGUCUACUACAAAUUACUUACAAUUUUAAUUUAUUUUACAUUUUAGAUAAAUGUACCUACAGUCAAGGAUUGUCAUUAUGACGUAGUUAUGACAGUAAAAAAGAAAAAGGGGGGGAAAACAAUGGGAAAGGAGACCAGUCGUCUGGUUCUUGUUUAAUGCAUAAUUGUGAAAGAAAGAGAACCUGGUUUCGUGAGGAAACCAUAUUUAGAUAAAGAGUUGCGAUUACUUAACGGCAUUGUAGUUCGAUAAAACUAGGUAUCGAAGUUCAUUAACGAGCAACAAAAUGCUUGCUGCAAAGUACAUAAAAGAAAAAAAAUGUGGGAGGAAAUAUGUGAUUUAACAUGCAAGUUUGAUCGUAGUUGAAUAGUUAAAAAAAGGAUCCACAGUUUAAUAUAUUAAUGUACAAUUAAAAAUCUAAAUGUUGCAUAUUAACGGUUCGUGUUUCGAGGUAUUAUCAUUUCGGCCGAAAAGUGAUCGCGUAUUUUCGGAUGAUAUUUCGAGAAUAUUUUCUCAGACUUACGAAUGUAUGUACGAUCCGGAGGCUUAAAGUCGAAAAUGCAUUAACGGAUGCAUUUUGUGUGUGUGUGUCUCUACGGCUCGACUUCGUAGAAUCUUCGAUAUUCUCCGAUCACGAAACAGGAUGAUACACGACCAUGAUAGAUCCUAAUUUACAACGACUUUCUGUUGGUUCUGAUUGUUGACGACAAGUACGAGGCGUUGUUUUAUGCGUUUGAUCUCCUAAAAUUAGGACCAAAAGCUGAUGGAUUUUUUAAUUAUAAUAUUGCGAUGGUUGUCGGUAAAAAAAAUAACACUAUACCAAAUUGUUUCACGAGAAUGUAGGAAGGGGGAGGCGAUGUAUUCUAUGUAAAGUGCUCACACCGAUAUACAUAUACACACAUAUGUAGAAGCAGAGUUUAAACUAUUUCGAUAUUGGUGACAGCAGGUGACCGGCGAAAGGGUGCGUUAUUGUAUAUAAAAAUAAGAUAUAUACAAUGAAAAUUCAGAUUCAAACGGCAUGUAUGUAAUGUUUCUUUGCAUUCCACUGGAUCUCUCUGAGUACAACCGAGUAUUCUGGAACGCUUCUCUUCGAGCGGAUCGCAAUUAUCCUCGCGUUAGCAGUGUCUUUGUCUUUUUCGUCGCGUUACGUCGCAGAUAGCGUGUCGAUACAAGACAAAUGUUUACAUAGCGGGCUUGUUUCCGUUGAACGAACGUGGAACGAACUGCUGUAUACGCGAAUUAUAUCUCUCGGGAUGUAUUUUGAAAAAUAAUCAUUUACUGCCGAAUGCAGUCCCAGGCGCAACUGGGACAACGUCUUUCAGUGGCUUGGAUAAUGUGCGAUUGUAGCAACGUUCUUACGUGUAGCGAGAUAUAUAUAUAUAUAUAUGUAUAUAUAUACACACACACACACCCACACACACAUAGGAUCUCGGAAUAUAUAAUUAAUGAUUGAGGAAGAUAACAAUAAAGUAUAUAAUUUAACUGUCAUCUGCACAAAGAGAACGUAUAUAUAUAUAUAUAUAUUGUCUAUAUUAUGUUGUGGAGACAUAGUCUAUAAGGUAGUUUUAUCUUCGAUUAGUCACGACAGUGACUAGUCACGCGAGUGCACACAAACAGUAUUUGUAUUCGAUAUACCGGACACAUACAACACAAGAGGGAGAAUGAAAGGGAGAGCUAGAGACAGUGCACAUGUUUAUCGGCUAUUUCCUUGGCCCGGGCGGCUCGCACGAUCAAAGCAACGGCACACGCUCGUGGCGUUGGAGACAAAAUGUAACGAAUCCGCCUUUAUUGUCGCAUAGCCCGCCAUUGCGGAGCGUUUCGUUUUAGACAUGAGUUACACUGUGCGCGGGAUCACUAUAUAUAUAUUUGUUCUGUACGAUUGAUAGUUACUUAAGUAGAUAAGCUCUAGCUGUUCCUCUGUUUGUGAGAGAAACAGAGAGAGAGAGAGAGAGAGAGAGAGAGAGAGAGAGAGACACUGCUAACACGAAGAUGCAAACAGGCAGUAGAGGAUAGAAAGAAAGGGAAAACAAAUCUCGAUAUACAGGAUAGCUCGUUUUAAAUGCCCGCGU